AUGUAUGAAAUUAUACGGCAAGUUGUUUACAACACAAUCAUUAUAUCAUUGACUAUAUCACUGACCAGUUGUCACUAUUUGGGAUUUACUGAUCCAAAAAUACCGGUCAGUAUCGGUCUCGACGACGACUGUCUACGAGACCUAACCAACAGUUCCGACUACACGGCCUCUAUGGAUGAACUACAGUUGGAUUGGCUUACAGAUGAUCAGUCGGCCCAUCAUAAGUACGAGUGUUGUUACAAUUGGGAGGCACUGGACAUACAGGAAAAGUUUGUCAAAGAUAUUUGUGAUGGUAACUCUACUAGUACAUUUGGUGAGCUGAAAAUCAAGUGGAUUGAAAAAGUUGAACAGGAUCAUUGUGGCAAUUUGAAAUACAGCCAGGUUAUGUGUCGACUACCUUGGUGGUUGUAUGCAAUGUUGGCAGUUAUUAUUACUAUUAUUGUUGCAGUUGUCGGACUAAUUAUCUAUUUUCGUGUUAUUGCCAAAAAUAAAUAAUCAAUUUAG